AUGGCCCAAUCCGUCCCACCAGGAGACAUCCAGACCCAGGCGGGUACGAAGAUCGUCUUCAAUGCACCAUACGACGACAAGCUCGCCGUAUGGGAUACGCUAUCAAGACCACCAACAUGAAGAGACUUGGAGUUGAUCCACCAUGUGGAGUCCUCGAUCCAAAGGAAGCUGUUCUCCUGGCAGUUUCGUGUGAUGCCUUCGCCUUCGGACAGGAGGACACUAACAACGAUCGUAUCACUGUUGAGUGGACCAAGACCCCGGAUGGAGCUGCCAAGCAGUUCCGUCGGGAAUGGUUCCAAGGAGACGGUAUGGUUCGUCGUAAGAACCUCCCCAUUGAGUACAAUCCAUUGAGCCCUGCCUGA